AAUCCCAAAUUUCAGAAAAAUUUGGGUUAUUCGCGUAAUAUCAAACACUCCGGCGGAGGUAAUUCCAAUUUUUCGCCAGUUGAUAAACCACGCUCAAGGGUUUACACUGAAACACAUACGCACACUAACAGAAUGGAAGAAGGCGGCAAGCAACUAUGCGAGGCGGCGAAGAACGGCGACGCCGAGAAGCUCAAAACUCUAAUAGACUCCGGAGCCGACGUGUCGUACUUCGACGGCGAAGGCCUCACUCCGCUUAUGCACGCAGCCCAGCUUGGCCACGCCGCCGCAGUGAAGGCCCUUCUGGAAGCUGGUGCCCCCUGGAACGCUCUCAACCCUUCCAAUAUCUCCGCCGGCGAUUUGGCCAUGAACGCCGGUCACGAGGAAGCCUACGAGCUCCUCCUCAAUGCCGGGAUUCAAGCUGAGUUGGUACUGGGAACGAUUGCUAGGAGAGAAAAUAACAAUGGGGAGUGGAAUGAUGAUUACUUGGAGGAUAGAGUGAGCUUUAGUGAGGAUAAGUUGAUGGAUGCCGAAAAUAAGGCGGUGAUGAUGGCUUGGGAGAAUCCAUUAAUGGAGGCGCAUGCGAAAGCUGUGUGCUCAAAUGGGGGUCAUAUACUGAAUAUUGGAUUUGGGAUGGGUCUGGUGGACACUGCCAUUCAGAAAUACUCCCCUGCUUCGCAUACUAUCGUUGAGGCUCACCCUAAUGUUUUCCAGCGUAUGCUUGAUGACGGUUGGGAUAAGAAGGAAAAUGUGACUAUAAUUUGUGGCCGGUGGCAGGAUGUUGUGCAUGAACUUCCGACUUUUGAUGGGAUUUUCUUUGAUACGUAUGGAGAGUAUUAUGAUGACCUGAGAGAGUUUCACCAGCAACUUCCGGUAUUGCUGAAGCCCGGGGGAAUCUACUCUUUCUUCAAUGGACUUUGUGGAGGUCUGAAAAUGGACGGGGACCUACAUAAUUGGUGGUACUAUGAUUACACAUAAAAAGAAGGCUGAAGGCAAGGACUCAUCUUCCCCUAAACAUUUGUUUGGGUGGAAGGAGAGGAAGUAAGAAACUUCGAGGAAGAAUCCGUUAGUGGAAAGCAUAUCGCUAAAUCUAAGGUUCAGAGUUCGAAUUCUAUCACUUUCUCUACCCUGUACGUAUUGAAAAUGGCCGGGCAUUUCUGAAUCCAAUAUAUAUUUAAACCUUUUUGUUUUUUCUUAACUAAUCUUUUGAUUGAACCGAAAGUUUUAGUGGAAGUCCCACUAAUAUUAGCUUAGCCAUUUAUCAUGGUGCCAAUCGCUGAGGAUGACAAUCGUGGCUUCAACUUUUCUAGUCUCACCAGGAAAUUUUAUUCAGAUGAGUCAUGCACCAAUUACCGAGAUGGAGUGAUAUUGGCCGUGGAAUCUGAGCUUGCAUGGACAUGCAAUCUAUUAUCAGAUUAUUUUGGUGUGAACUGAACUAUGAUCUAAUCGAAGGUUGAUAAGAGCAUUGAAUAAUUUGAUUGAGAUAAUGUUUAUUAAGCAUAAUUUAUGUGUAACCAUGAACGAAAGGA